GCGCUUUCCUGCGCGUGAAACUUUAUCUGUGCACAGUUCUUUUAAUUGAAUGUUGUACGGAAGCCGCGACGAGUCUCGCACGUUACCGUCGCUACGGAAAUCUCCUGGCCUCUCCAACUGGAUGUUUAUUCGUCAGGAUGCACUUCUGUAUAGCGGCCCAUGUGCUCGCCUUCUUAGUUAGAGGCCUUGUGUAUACCAUAUAUUCAACAUAAGCUCAGUGAAUAGAGUUUAAACCCAAUUCUCGCUUGUUUUAAAUGGGAGAUAGACCAUGGGGAAGAAGCAGAAUGGCAAGGGCAAGAAGGUGGAGGAAGCAGAGCCUGAAGAAUUUGUUGUGGAAAAAGUUAUGGACAGACGUGUAGUAAAUGGAAAGGUUGAAUAUUACCUCAAAUGGAAAGGUUUUACAGAUUCAGACAACACAUGGGAACCCGAGGAAAACUUAGACUGUCCAGAGUUGAUUGAAGCGUUCCUUAAUUCUCAGAAGGCAGGGAAAGAAAAACCAGACAGCAACAAAAGGAAAUCUGUGUCAGACAGUGAAUCUGAAGACAGCAAAGCAAAGAAAAAAAGGGAAUCUGUUGAUAAACCUCGGGGAUUUGCAAGAGCUCUCGACCCAGAAAGAAUAAUUGGAGCUACAGACAGCAGUGGGGAAUUGAUGUUCCUUAUGAAAUGGAAAGAUUCCGAUGAAGCAGAUCUGGUGCCUGCUAAAGAAGCAAAUGUAAAGUGUCCACAGGUUGUUAUUGCAUUUUAUGAAGAAAGAUUAACUUGGCACUCUUGUCCAGAGGAUGAAGCACAAUAAACUUAUUUUUCAUGUAGUGUUUUUUUUUUUUUUUUUUUUAAUGAUCAGCCACUUCAGGAACCUUCAAGAUUUUUGUUUUAGUAUUUUCAAAAUAAGCCAAAUUUUUGGUUAUGGCCCCAUGACAUUGGCAUGGCAUAAGGAGCCUCUGAUAUGUGAAAAUUAAUUUCUCUCUGGGCUUUUUAUACAUUUCAAAUUAUUGAAGUUUCUGUAUUAUGCAAAUUUUGCAAGUGUUUUGUAGUCUUCUGUCAUUGUGCAUGUUAAUGCUUUACUUCUAACCUGUCUGUAUGCUAGUUUAUUUAGCACCAGUCCUUCGGUGGAAGAGGCCUGGGAAUAACUUUGUAGUAAAUGGAAUGUUACCUUACUGUAUAUUGUUUACUUCAAUGUAAAUACUGGUGAGCAGUGUUCAAUAAAUAGUUUUAUAUUCUC